AUGCACAAGUUUUUAGCCUAGGCUUUUUGCAAAUAAAAUAGAUUUUAUAAAUUUCCAUGCUACUCAUUCUCAAAAAUCUAAGAUAAAGUGAUUGAUGUUCUAAGAUUAGAAUUUGAUGAAAAAGGCUAUUUUAUUAACUUCCCUGGGCGUACUAUGCCUGUUCCUUUAGAUAUGUCAGUGUCAGAAGCACAAUUAGAUCUAUUUUAAAAAUACCGUUUUGGUGAAAUCCACUUUUUUAACAAAGAUGGAGAUUCUUAUGCUGUAUCAACUCCUUUAUAACUAAUCAUAUAGGAUGAUUUCUAUAUAAAUCUUGAAAACUAAUUUUUUUAUGUUGUAAAUACGUUGAAUUCGCAUAAUGUUGCUUUGGGAGUUUAAACUAUUCAUGACACAAACUUCAAUUACAAAAAAAUAAAAGAUUUUUGCUAAGUAGGAGGACAUACAAUGCAAUAAUAAAAUGUUCUUUAAGAGUUUUUUGGGGAGUUUGCAGAAUAUUUAAAGAAAGACUCUAAGGAAUUGAUUGAUAGAUAGCAUUUAGAUCUUGUUAUUAAAUCUGUACUUAAUAAAAUGUCCAUAAAAAACUCUCAUCGCAUUUAAUAAUUAGAAAAAUUAAUACAAGUAGUUGAAAAGCGCCUUUCUAAAGAAGAGACAGAUAAAAAGGAAUUAGACGAGACUCUUGUACAAAAAAAGAUGAGAAAAUUCUUUAAAAGAUUCUUUGGUGUCGUUUUAGCUCAAAUAGGUUUAGUAUAAUAUGGCACAUACGUAUUCAUAAGUUGGGACUUCAUGGAACCUAUCACAUGCCUUUUAGGUAUAUCUGAUGCUAUUAUUGCAUACAGCUAUUGGCUUUUCGUUAACAAAAAAUACGGAUACGAUACUUUAGCUGAACGUAAAAUAGCAAAAAUAUAAAAAAGCAAAUAUUAUACAAGAGAAGUAGAUGAAUCAGAUAUUUUUGCUAAAAAAGACAUUCUAGACUAUCUCUAUAGAUAAAAAUAUUACCACUCAAAUUCUUUGUUUGAGGUUUUAAAUAUUUUUGCUGAUGAAAAAGAUUUAGAAAAAUUCACUCAAAAAAACAGUUAUCUUUCAAAUGAUAAAUGA